AUGAUGGCAGGUGUCCGCAGCGGGAGGAGGCCCUCUGGGGGGCUGAUGCUGGAGGAAUCAGAUAAAGGACGAUUGGUCGUCUCCAGUGUUGUCGAUGGCUCCUUGGCCAAUCAGGGGCUCAAGGAAGGAGAUGAAAUUGUGGGUGCCACAAUCAACUUUGACCAACUUUCAAAAGACGAUGUGUUGAAAAUACUGAAGCUGAUGGAUGAUAAUGGAUUUGAUGAGAAGGUUCAAGUUCUGACAAAAAAUAAUUUGCGCAAGAGUAUGGCGACCUUGGACAGCAUCAAAGCACCAGAGGAGAUGCUGAAGGAUUCCUAUAACAGACUCAAUGCCAAAAUAAAGAAGUUCAUGAAAGAGGACAGCUCUGGACAACCUACAGCUUCUGGGGAAAGAGGCUCUCCUAAUGGACAGGUGAAAGGCAAGGAACCGAGACCUCUCUGGGCCAAGCCUAAUGUCAGAGGAACAGACUCUACAGUGACUCUCGAUGCUCCUGGUGGAGAACAUUCAUUGCCUAAUGCCAACAUGAGUACAUCAGAUCUCUCUCUAGCUCAUUUGAAUGGGUCUUUAGGAGCUGAUCUUGAUGUCAAUAUCUCAGAUUUACCUUCAGUAGACCUUAAAGGUUCCAAAAUAGAUCUAGAAUUGGCAGAUUCAGACAUUGGUAUCUCAUCUGGGAAGAUAAAAACACCAAGUCUUGGAAUGGCUGACUUUGCUAUAUCUGGACCAAGAGUUAGGAAUCCAGACCUGGACCUCUCAGCGGUUGAGAUGUGUCUAUCAGAUGUCAGUUUGCCUGACCUCAGUACUCCAGAUAUUGAUAUACCCUCAGGUAAAUUCAAACUAAAGAAACCACAUGCAGAACUCAAAGCUCCUGAUUACGAUGUGGAUGCCCCCUCUGGUAAACUGAAGAUGCCCAAAUUUGACGUUACUGGCCUAAAAAGAACAGAUCUGGGAAUUGAUGAUGAUGUAAAAACACCAAAACUCAUUCUCAAAGCUCCCAAGAUAAAAGGCGGACUUGAUGCACCUGACUUGGACUUACCCAAUGUCGACCUAAAAUCACCUAAAUUAGAUGUAAACACUCCAGAUAUUGACAUCAACGCACCCUCAGAAAAAUUCAAAAUGCCAAAGUUUAAGAUGCCUAUAUCCGGCCUUUCGGGCCCUAAAGGACCAAAUGUUGGCAUUGAUAGAGACUUGGAUGGACCAGAUCUGAGCUUAUUAUCUUCCAAAUUAAAAUGGCCAGACUUGGAUGUUGGUAGCCCAUCUGGAAAAUUAAAGAUACCAAGUCUAAAGGUGCCAGACUUUGGCUUCUCGGGGCCAGAUGUUCAAGGGCCCGACUUAGAGGUAAAGACUCCAGACUUGAAUCUUUCCGCCCCCAAGUUUGAAGGGGGAAUUAGUCCCCCAGAUUUGAAUCUGCCAGAUGUAGACCUCAAAGGCCCCAAAUUAGACCUCAAUGCUCCAGAUUUUGACAUAGAUAUGCCCUCAGGUAAAGUCAAAGUACCUACAUUGAAUAAACCAAAGGUUGAUCUGAAUGCUCCUGAUCUGGACAUCGAUGGGCCCUCUGGUAAACUGAAAAUGCCAAAAUUCAAUCUCUUUGGCACAUUGACAAAAGGACGAGGUCUAGACAUAAAUGCAGGUGUGAAAUCACCAAAGUUAAAAGGUGAGAUUGAUGCCCCUGACAUGGAUUUACCAGACAUUGACCUCAAAGCCCCUAAAUUAGAUGUAAAAACUCCAGAUGUUGACAUUGAUUCACCCACAGGGAAAUUCAAAAUGCCCAAAAUGAAGAUGCCUAAAUUUGUCAUGAAAAGACCUGAUGUUGACAAAGAUGGAGAUCUAGAGGGGCCAGGCCUGAACUUGUCUGCACCAAAAUUGGACAUAGAAGCACCCUCAAUGAAUCUCAAAGGUCCCAAAGCAGACCUAAACAUUCCAAAUGCUGAUUUUGGAAGUCCAUCAGGGAAUUUCAAAAUGCCAAGUUUCAAGAUGCCAGAUUCAGGUUUCUCUGGACCAAAGGUUAAAGUGCAUGACUUUGAGGCAAAGACUCCAGGCUUAGAUCUUUCAGCCCCCAAGUUUAAAGGAGGAAUUAGUCCCCCAGAUCGGAAUCUGACAGAUCUCAAAGACCCCAAACUAGACCUCAAUGCACCAGAUGUAAACUUUAAUGUGCCCUCAGGUAAAGUCAAUGUACCUACAUUGAAGAAACCAAAGGUUGAUCUGAAUGCUCCUGAUCUGGACAUUAACGUCACCUCUGGUAAACUGAAAAUGCCCAGAUUUGGACUGUCUGGUAAAAUGCCAAAAUCCACUAAACUGAAUCUCAAAUCCUCAAAGAUAAAAGGGGGAAUUGAUUCCCCAGACCUGAAUUUUCCAGAUGCUGACCUCAAAGCCCCUGAACUAGAUGUGAAUACCCCAGAUCUUGACAUCAGUGCACCCUCUGGUAAAUUCAAAAUGCCCAAAUUCAAAAUGUCUAAAUUCAGAGGCCUAAAGGGACCAGAUGUUGACAUUGAUGGAAACUUGGAGGGCCCAGAUAUUGAUAUCAAUACCCCCACAGCUAACCUCAAAGGUCCCAAAACAGGUCUAAAAAUGCCAGAUUUGAAGAUGCCUGGUCUCGGGCUAUCUGGGCCAAAUGUAGAUGAACCUGACUAUGACUUACCGGAUAUUGACCUCUCAGCCCCAAAGCUAAAGGGGGGAAUCAAUCCCCCAGAUUUGAGACUACAUAAAGGUAAAAUCAAAGGCCUAAAACUAGACCUCAAUGAUCCAGAUUUAGAUGUUGAUGCUCCCUCGGGUAAACUGAAAAUGCCCAAAUUUGGACUCUCAGGUACUAUGCCAAAAGGAUCAAAUCUGGACAUAAAUGCAGGUGCGAAAUCACCAAAGUUCAGUCUAAAUAUGCCAAAGAUUAAAGGUGGGAUUGAUGCCCCUGAUAUGGAUAUACCAGACAUAGACCUCAAAGCCCCUAAAUUAGAUGUAAACACUCCAGAUAUUAACAUUGAUUCACCCACAGGGAAAUUCAAAAUGCUCAAUCUGAAUAUACCUACAUUUGGAAUGAAGGGGGGACAUAUUGACAAAGAUGGAGAUAUAGAGGGACCAGACCUGAACUUGUCAUCUCCCCAUCUUAAGGGUCCCAAAGCAGACCUCAACAUUCCAGAAGCUGAUAUUGACAGUCCACCAGGAAAAUUCAAAAUGCCAACUUUCAAGAUGCCAGAUUUAGGAUUCUCUGGACCAAAAGUUAAGGGGCCUGACUUGGACCUUUCAGUCCCCAAGUUUAAAGGAGAAAUUAGUCCACCAGAUCUGAAUUUGCCAGAUGGAGACCUCAAAGGCCCAAAACUAGGCCUCAAUGCACCAGAUGCAAACUGUAAUAUGCCCUCAGGUAAAGUCAAUGUACCUACAUUGAAGAAACCAAAGGUUGAUCUGAAUGCUCCUGAUCUGGACAUUAACGUCACCUCUGGUAAACUGAAAAUGCCCAAAUUUGGUCUGUCUGGUAAAAUUCCCAAAUCCACUAAACUGAAUCUCAAAUCCUCAAAGAUAAAGGGGGGAAUUGAUUCCCCAGACAUGCAUUUACCAGAUGCUGACCUCAAAGCCCCUAAACUAGAUGGAAAUCCCCCCGAUUCUGACAUCAAUGCACCUUCUGGGAAAUUCAAAAUGCCCAAAUUUAAAAUACCUAAAUUCAGAGGCCUAAAGGGACCAGAUGUUGACAUUGAUGGAGACUUGGAGGGCCCAGAUAUAGAUAUCAAUGCCCCAACAGCUAACCUCAAAGGUCCCAAAACAGGUCUAAAAAUGCCAGAUUUGAAGAUGCCUGAUUUCAGGCUAUCUGGGUCAAAUGUAGACAAACCUGACUAUGACUUACCUGAUAUUGACCUCUCAGCCCCAAAGCUAAAAGGGGGCAUCAAUCCCCCAGAUUUGAGACUACCUAAGGGUCAUCUCAAAGGGCCCAAACUAGAUCUCAAUGCUCAAGACUUUGAUGUUGACACUCCCUCUAGUAAACUGAAAAUGCCCAAAUUUGGGCUUUCAGGUACUAUGCCAAAAGGACCAAAUGUAGACAUAAAUGGAGGUGCGAAAUCACAAAAGUUCAAUCUAAAAAUGCCAAAGAUUAAAGGUGGGAUUGAUGCCCCUGAUAUGGAUAUACCAGACAUGGACCUCAAAGCCCCUAAAUUAGAUGUAAACACUCCAGAUAUUGACAUUGAUUCACCCACAGGGAAAUUCAAAAUGCCCAAUCUGAAUAUGCCUAAAUUUGGAAUGAAUGGGCCAAGUAUUGACAUAGUUGGGGAUAUAGAGGGACCAGACCUGAAUUUGUCAUCUCCCAAACUCAAGGGGCCCAAAGCAGACCUCAACAUUCCAGAUGCUGAUAUUGACAGUCCAUCAGGAAAAUUCAAAAUGCCAACUUUCAAGAUGCCAGAUUUAGGUUUCUCUGGAGCAAAAGUUAAGGGGCCUGACUUGGACCUUUCAGCCCCCAAGUUUAAAGGGGAAAUAAGUCCCCCAUAUUUGGAUCUGCCAGAUGGAGACCUCAAAGGCCCCAAACUAGACAUCAAUGCACCAGAUGUAAACUUUAAUAUGCCUUCCGGUAAAGUCAAAGUACCUACAUUGAAGAAACCAAAGGUUGAUCUUAAUGCUCCUGAUCUGGACAUCGAUGGGCUCUCUGGUAAACUGAAAAAGCCCACAUUCUUGCUGUCUGGUACAAUGUCAAAAUCCCCAGACUUGAGGCUCAAAGCUUCAAACAUUAAGCGGGGAAUUGAUGUUCCAAACAUGAAUUUACCAGAUGCUGACCUCAAAGCCCCUGAACUAGAUGUGAAUGCUCCAGAUCUUGACAGCAAUGAACCCUCUGGGAAAUUAAAAAUGGCCAAAUAUAAAAUGCUUAAAUUUAGAGACCUAAAGAGACCAGAUGUUGACAUAGAUGGAGACUUAGAGGGCCCAGAUAUAGAUAUCAAUGCCCCCACAGCUAACCUCAAAGAUCCCAAAACAGGUCUAAAAAUGCCAGAUUUGAAGAUGCCUGAUUUUGGGCUAUCUGGGCCAAAUGUAGAUGAACCUGGCUAUGACUUCCCUGAUAUUGACCUUUCAGCCCCAAAGCUAAAAGGGGGAAUCAGUCCCCCAGAUUUGAGACUAUAUUCCAGUCUUGAGAGGCCAGGUUUCAGUGAUCACCGUGCCUACCUGGACUGGGGAGGAUGUGUGACGGUGUGGAGGCCUGGUCACCGGAGGAGAAGGAGCCUGUCUGAGGGGCUGAUGCUGGAGGAAUCAGAAAAAGGAGGAUUGGUCAUCUCCAGCAUUGUCGGUGGCUCUUCUGGCAAUCACGGGCUCAAAGAAGGAGAUGAAAUUGUGGGUGCCACGAUCAACUUUGACCAACUUUCGAAAGACGAUGUGUUGAAAAUACUGAAGCUGAUGGAUGAUAAUGGAUUUGAUGAGAAGGUUCAAGUUCUGACUAAAAAUGAUUUGAGCAAGAGUAUGGGGACCUUGGACAGCAUCAAAGCACCAGAGGAGAUGCUGAAGGAUUCAUAUAAUAGACUCUACAAUGCCAAAAUAAAUAGGUUCAUGACGGGUGACAGCCCUGGACAACCUGCAGGUGCUGGGGAAAGAGGCUCCCAUAAUGGACAGGUGAAGGGCAAGGGACCGGGAUCUCUCUGGGACAAGCCUAAAGUGAAAGAUGACCUUAAACUCCCUGUCCUCAACACGGAUUACCCAGUUGUGGAGACACCCAAAGUAGAUGCUCCUACCUACCUAGAGUCUCCAGACCUCAAAUUCUCUGCUCCAAAGUUAAAGGUGCCUAAACUUGAUGUCAAAGGCAAGGUACCUGAUGCUCGCGGUGGAGAACUUUCAUUGCCUAAUGCCAACAUUAGUACAUCAGAUCUCUCCCUGCCUCAUUUGAAUGGGUCACUAAACAUUGAUGCUCCAUCAGUUAACCUGGAAAGGCCAAAUCUUGAAACAGAUAUAGAUGCUAUCGAUGUUCUAGUAUUGGAUAUGUCUUUGCCCGAAGUUGACCUCAAAUGCCCUGAUCUUGACCUGAAAGUUAUAGAUCCACUUCCCAAAGUUGUAGGAGAUAUCAAUGUCCCAAAAGCAGAGCUCAAUCUACCAGAGGAGGUUCUCCCUGGACCUACUUUAAAUAUCAAUGCCCCAAUGUUUGAUAUUGAAAGAGGCAAAAAUGUUAAAAUGCCCAAAUUUAAGAUACCUGACUUGGGUCUCUCUGGACCCAGAGUAAAUGUACCCAGCCUUGAGGUUGAUACACCAAAUAUGAGGAUCCCAGAUAAAGAUAUGCUUGGAGUUAAUUUUAAAGGUCCCCAAAGAGACCUACAAACACCAGAUGUUAAUCUCAAAAGUACUAAUCUAGAUCUGCAAGCCCCAGAUGUCAGCAUAAUGAAUAUGCCAUCAAGUAAAAUCAGAGUCUGGUCCUCCAAGAAACUAAAACCCCCCAACCUUGAUGUGGAUGAUCCCUCUGGUUAUUUUGACCUCAGUACUCCAGAUAUUGACAUACCCUCAGGUAAAUUCAAACUACAGGAACCACAUGCAGAACUCAAAGCACCUGAUUUCAAUGUGGAUGCCUCCUCUGGUAAACUGAAGAUGCCCAAAUUUGGGUUAUCUGGCCUAAAAAGACCAGAUCUGGGCAUUGAUGCUGAUGUAAAAACACCAAAGGUAAGUCUCAAAGCUCCCAAGAUAAAAGGUGGACUUGAUGUGCCUGACUUGAAUUUACCCAAAGUCAACCUGAAAGCACCUAAAUUAGAAAUAAACACUCCAGAUAUUGACAUUGAUGCACCCUCAAAAAAAUUCAAAAUGCCAAAGUUUAAGAUGCCUAAAUUUGCCCUUUCGGGCCCUAAAGGGCCUGAGGUUGGCAUUGAUGGAGACUUGGAUGGACCAGAUCUGAGCUUAUUAUCUUCCAAACGACCAGACUUGGAUGUUGGUAGCCCAUCUGGAAAAUUAAAGAUGCCAAGUUUAAAGGUGCCAGACUUUGGCUUCUCAGGGCCAGAUGUACGAGGGCCUGACUUUGAGGUAAAGAAUCCAGACUUGGAUCUUUCAGCCCCCAAGUUUAAAGGGGGAAUUAGUCCCCCAGAAUUGGAUCUGCCAGAUGGAGACCUCAAAGGCCCCAAAUUAGACCUCAAUGCACCAGAUGUAAACUUUAAUAUGCCCUCAGGUAAAGUCAAAGUACCUACAUUGAAGAAACCAAAGGUCGAUCUGAAUGCUCCUGAUCUGGACAUCAAUGCACCCUCAGGGAAAUUCAAGAUGCCUAAAUUUGGGCUGUCUGGUACAAUGCCAAAAUCUCCCAAAUUAAAUCUUAAAGCUCCAACGAUGAAGGGGAGAAUUGAUUUUCCAGACCUGAAUUUACCAGAUGCUGACAUCAAAGCCCCUAAACUAGAUGUGAAUGCUCCAGAUCUCAACAUCAAUGCACCCUCAGGGAAAUUCAAGAUGCCUAAAUUUGGGCUGUCUGGUACAAUGCCAAAAUCUCCCAAAUUAAAUCUUAAAGCUCCAACGAUGAAGGGGGGAAUUGAUUUUCCAGACCUGAAUUUACCAGAUGCUGACCGCAAAGCCCCUAAACUAGAUGUGAAUGCUCCAGAUCUCAACAUCAAUGCACCCUCAGGGAAAUUCAAGAUGCCUACAUUUGGGCUGUCUGGUACAAUGCCAAAAUCUCCCAAAUUAAAUCUUAAAGCUCCAAAGAUGAAGGGGGGAAUUGAUUUUCCAGACCUGAAUUUCCCAGAUGCUGACCUCAAAGCCCCUAAACUAGAUGUGAAUGCUCCAGAUCUCGACAUCAAUGCACCCUCAGGGAAAUUCAAGAUGCCUAAAUUUGGGCUGUCUGGUACAAUGCCAAAAUCUCCCAAAUUAAAUCUUAAAGCUCCAAAGAUGAAGGGGGGUAUUGAUUUUCCAGACCUGAAUUUCCCAGAUGCUGACCUCAAAGCCCCUAAACUAGAUGUGAAUGCUCCAGAUCUCAACAUCAAUGCACCCUCAGGGAAAUUCAAGAUGCCUAAAUUUGGGCUGUCUGGUACAGUGCCAAAAUCUCCCAAAUUAAAUCUUAAAGCUCCAAAGAUGAAGGGGGGAAUUGAUUUUCCAGACCUGAAUUUCCCAGAUGCUGACCUCAAAGCCCCUAAACUAGAUGUGAAUGCUCCAGAUCUCGACAUCAAUGCACCCUCAGGGAAAUUCAAGAUGCCUAAAUUUGGGCUGUCUGGUACAAUGCCAAAAUCUCCCAAAUUAAAUCUUAAAGCUCCAACGAUGAAGGGGGGAAUUGAUUUUCCAGACCUGAAUUUACCAGAUGCUGACCUCAAAGCCCCUAAACUAGAUGUGAAUGCUCCAGAUCUCGACAUCAAUGCACCCUCAGGGAAAUUCAAGAUGCCUACAUUUGGGCUGUCUGGUACAAUGCCAAAAUCUCCCAAAUUAAAUCUUAAAGCCCCAAAGAUGAAGGGGGGAAUUGAUUUUCCAGACCUGAAUUUACCAGAUGCUGACCUCAAAGCCCCUAAACUAGAUGUGAAUGCUCCAGAUUUCGACAUCAAUGCACCCUCAGGGAAAUUCAAGAUGCCUAAUUUUGGGAUGUCUGGUACAAUGCCAAAAUCUCCCAAAUUAAAUCUUAAAGCUCCAAAGAUGAAGGGGGGAAUUGAUUUUCCAGACCUGAAUUUCCCAGAUGCUGACCUCAAAGCCCCUAAACUAGAUGUGAAUGCUCCAGAUCUCAACAUCAAUGCACCCUCAGGGAAAUUCAACAUGCCUAAAUUUGGGAUGUCUGGUACAAUGCCAAAAUCUCCCAAAUUAAAUCUUAAAGCUCCAAAGAUGAAGGGGGGAAUUGAUUUUCCAGACCUGAAUUUCCCAGAUGCUGACCUCAAAGCCCCUAAACUAGAUGUGAAUGCUCCAGAUCUCAACAUCAAUGCACCCUCAGGAAAUUAGAUGCCUAAAUUUGGGCUGUCUGGUACAGUGCCAAAAUCUCCCAAAUUAAAUCUUAAAGCUCCAAAGAUGAAGGGGGGAAUUGAUUUUCCAGACCUGAAUUUACCAGAUGCUGACCUCAAAGCCCCUAAACUAGAUGUGAAUGCUCCAGAUCUCGACAUCAAUGCACCCUCAGGGAAAUUCAAGAUUCCUAAAUUUGGGCUGUCUGGUACAAUGCCAAAAUCUCCCAAAUUAAAUCUUAAAGCUCCAACGAUGAAGGGGGGAAUUGAUUUUCCAGACCUGAAUUUACCAGAUGCUGACCUCAAAGCCCCUAAACUAGAUGUGAAUGCUCCAGAUCUCGACAUCAAUGCACCCUCAGGGAAAUUCAAGAUGCCUACAUUUGGGCUGUCUGGUACAAUGCCAAAAUCUCCCAAAUUAAAUCUUAAAGCUCCAAAGAUGAAGGGGGGAAUUGAUUUUCCAGACCUGAAUUUCCCAGAUGCUGACCUCAAAGCCCCUAAACUAGAUGUGAAUGCUCCAGAUCUCAACAUCAAUGCACCCUCAGGGAAAUUCAAGAUGCCUAAAUUUGGGAUGUCUGGUACAAUGCCAAAAUCUCCCAAAUUAAAUCUUAAAGCUCCAAAGAUGAAGGGGGGAAUUGAUUUUCCAGACCUGAAUUUCCCAGAUGCUGACCUCAAAGCCCCUAAACUAGAUGUGAAUGCUCCAGAUCUCAACAUCAAUGCACCCUCAGGGAAAUUCAAGAUGCCUAAAUUUGGGCUGUCUGGUACAGUGCCAAAAUCUCCCAAAUUAAAUCUUAAAGCUCCAAAGAUGAAGGGGGGAAUUGAUUUUCCAGACCUGAAUUUACCAGAUGCUGACCUCAAAGCCCCUAAACUAGAUGUGAAUGCUCCAGAUCUCGACAUCAAUGCACCCUCAGGGAAAUUCAAGAUUCCUAAAUUUGGGCUGUCUGGUACAAUGCCAAAAUCUCCCAAAUUAAAUCUUAAAGCUCCAACGAUGAAGGGGGGAAUUGAUUUUCCAGACCUGAAUUUACCAGAUGCUGACCUCAAAGCCCCUAAACUAGAUGUGAAUGCUCCAGAUCUCGACAUCAAUGCACCCUCAGGGAAAUUCAAGAUGCCUACAUUUGGGCUGUCUGGUACAAUGCCAAAAUCUCCCAAAUUAAAUCUUAAAGCCCCAAAGAUGAAGGGGGGAAUUGAUUUUCCAGACCUGAAUUUACCAGAUGCUGACCUCAAAGCCCCUAAACUAGAUGUGAAUGCUCCAGAUCUCAACAUCAAUGCACCCUCAGGGAAAUUCAAGAUGCCUAAAUUUGGGAUGUCUGGUACAAUGCCAAAAUCUCCCAAAUUAAAUCUUAAAGCUCCAAAGAUGAAGGGGGGAAUUGAUUUUCCAGACCUGAAUUUACCAGAUGCUGACCUCAAAGCCCCUAAACUAGAUGUGAAUGCUCCAGAUCUCGACAUCAAUGUACCCUCAGGGAAAUUCAAGAUGCCUAAAUUUGGGCUGUCUGGUACAAUGCCAAAAUCUCCCAAAUUAAAUCUUAAAGCUCCAAAAAUGAAGGGGGGAAUUGAUUUUCCAGACCUGAAUUUACCAGAUGCUGACCUCAAAGCCCCUAAACUAGAUGUGAAUGCUCCAGAUCUCGACAUCAAUGCACCCUCAGGGAAAUUCAAGGUGCCUAAAUUCAGAGGCCUAAAGGGACCAGAUGUUGACAUUAAUGGCGCUAUAGAGGGACCAGAUCUGAACUUGUCAUCUCCCAAACUUAAGGGUCCCAAAGCAGACCUAAACCUUCCAGAUGCUGAUAUUGACAGUCCAUCAGGAAAAUUCAAAAUGCCAACUUUCAAGAUGCCAGAUUUAGGAUUCUCUGGACCAAAAAUGAAGGGGCCUGACUUAAAUCUUUCAGCCCCCAAGUUUAAAGGGGGAAUAAAUCCCCCAGAUUUGGAUCUGCCACAUGUAGACCUCAAAGGCCCCAAAUUAGACCUCAAUGCACCAGAUGUAAACUUUAAUAUGCCCUCAGGUAAAGUCAAUGUACCUACAUUGACGAAACCAAAGGUUGAUCUGAAUGCUCCUGAUCUGGACAUUAACGUCCCCUCUGGUAAACUGAAAAUGCCCAAAGUUGGGCUGUCUGGUAAAAUGCCAAAAUCCACAAAACUGAAUUUCAAAGCCCCAAAGAUAAAGGGGGGAAUUGGUUCCCCAGACAUGCAUUUACCAGAUGCUGACCUCAAAGCCCCUAAACUAGAUGUGAAUCCCCCAGAUCUUGACAUAAAUGCAUCUUCUGGGAAAUUAAAAAUGCCCAAAUUUAAAAUGCCUAAAUUCAGGGGCCUAAAGAGACCAGAUGUUGACAUUGAUGGAGACUUAGAGGGCCCAGAUAUUGAUAUCAAUACCCCCACAGCUAACCUCAAAGGUUCCAAAACAGGUCUAAAAAUGCCUGAUUUGAAGAUGCCUGAUUUUGGACUAUCUGGCCCAAAUGUAGUUUAUGAUUUACCCAAUAUUGACCUCUCAGCACCAAAGCUAAAAGGGGGAAUCAGUCCCGCAGAUUUGAGACUACCUAAGGGUCAUAUCAGAGGGCCCAAACUAGACCUCAAUGAUCCAGAUAUGCCCUCAGGUAGAUUCAGAGUUCCAACCAUAGAGAGGCCAAAUGAUAGCAUCAAAGCCCCUGAUUUGGACAUCAACACUCCUUCAUUCAAAAUGCCCAAAAUGCCUAAAUUUGUGUUGUCUAGUCCAAAAAGACCAGAUCAUGACAUCAGUGCUGACAUAGGUUUUAAAUUGUCAAAUAUGAAAGGUGGGAUUGGUUCACGACACCUGGACCUACCUACAGUUGACCUAGACGCCCCUAAGAUAGAUGUAGACACUCCAGAUAUGAACAUUGAUUCACCCUCUGGGAAAUUCAAAAUGCCCCACCUCAAAAUGCCUAAAUUCGGCCUUUCUGGCUUGAAAGGUCCAGAUCCUGGAAUAGAUGGAGACAUUGAUGGACCGGACCUGAGUUUGUCAGCCCCGAAAGUAAACACAGGGAUCGGUAGUCCAGAUUUAGACAUAAAUGUGCCCUCUGGUAAUCUCAAAGGCCCCCAAGCUGAUCUCAAUUUGCCAGACAGUGACAUUGCUAUACAAUCUGAAAAAUUCAAACUGCCAUCCUUUAAAUUGCCUCAGUUUGGAAGUCCCAAUCUAAGGGCAGGUACACAUAUGGACUUUAUGAAAACAAAUGACAUUUCUCCUCCAAAGGUUAAAGUGAAUCUAAAAGCACCAGACUUGAAAGUUAGUCACCCAGAUGUCAGCCUGAGCAUACCCAAAGCUGAUACCAGAAGCCCAGAAUACAAAGUGGCAUCUCAUAGUAAACGCAGAUCUGAUAUCCCAGGUGGAGCACAUAUAAAAGUGCAAGCAGAAGACAUAGAUACUGAAGUGACACUGCCACACACUGAUAGGAAGUCUAGGAAGGUCAAAGGAAGGGCCAGUUAUCCCAUUGCAGAUAUUGAUUUGCCAAAAGUUGAGUAUAGAGCGUCUGGUUUGGAACUGAGAGGUUCAGACCUUCAUGAUCCCAGAGGGAAAAUAAAAAUGCCCAAAUCCAAGACUUCUAAAUUGGGUAGUCAUACAAGAAUACCAGACCUUGAUAUAGACUCAAGUCCUGCCAGUAUUAACGCCUCAGUUCCUAAACUCCCACCCCCAAGGUAUGGAGUAGAGGUUUCACAGCCAGAUUUAAAUUCGAGUAGAACUGACCUCAAGGGCAAUAAACAUCAUAGGAAAGCCCCAGCUGGUGAAACCGGCAGAACAAAAAGGAGUCCAAAACAGUCUGAAAUUGGAACUUCCAUGCCAAAUUUUACUCAUGGUUCAAACCCCAAAAUGUCUGAAGAUCAAGAAGGAUAUUUUGUCACUGUAUUUCCCAAACAUCUCAAAGGGGAUGUACCAGACGGAACUGGGAGCCUGAAAAAUCAUCACAAGGAAGAGUCAAACCGUAGAUCUCAUACACUCAGAAGUCUCGACUUCAGUGCAUCAAAUGUGGACCUUGAAGUUCCAGAAGAUGAGAACUUAAAAGGGUCAACAUUCUGGCUUUCAAAGCUUAUAUAGCAUUCAGACAACUGACUACAUGUCCUUUUAGGUUGGUUUGAAUCACAAUCUUCUGUUGAAACAUAAUGCAGAAAAUGUCUGUUACAUAUAAAACAAGCAUCAGAUUAUUUGCACUUAUUUGACCUUUUUUUAAUGUAAAUUCAUUGGUAUUUGUUAUGAAAAUGUUGAAAAUGAAUGUGUAAAGCUUUCUUUUGUCAAGUGAUUAAAAAAAUGUUCUGCUGAUAA